UCCUCCUCCUCCUCCUCCUCCUCCUCCUCCUCCCCCCGCUCUCGCGACAGCUCCGCACAGAAAAUGGCCCCGCGGCCGCCCCGCCGCUGAUGCGCGACCCGGGCGGCGCCGCAGCCCCGCAUCACCAGGAGGAGCCUCCGUGGGCACAUCCCUCACCCCGUGCCCUGCACUGGCCAGGCCAUGAAGACAGAGAAGGACGAGGCUGUGCCCACCUUCUCCCUGCGGGGUAAAUACGGUGGAGAGGGGGCAGGCUGCAGCGAGGUGGCUCUGCCCGGUGCCCCGAUGCCGGUGGCCGGAGGGACCCCAGCCCAGGACCUGCGGCCCCUGAAGCGCAGACCUGUCCCAGGAAAGCACUACCAGUGCUCGAGCUACGGCUGCAAACUGGCCUUCCCCAGCAUGCAGGAGCUGAUGGACCACUUGAAGGUCCACUACAGACCCACACAGUCCCUCGAGGGCAAAACCUUCCACUGCCCCACACUGGGCUGCACCGAGACCUUCCCCAGCAUGCAGGACCUCAUGGCCCACAUGAAGGUGCACUACAAGCCAAACCGCUACUUCAAGUGUGAGAACUGCCUGCUGCGCUUCCGAACACACCGCUCCCUCUUCAAGCACCUGCACGUCUGCUCCGACAGCGCCAGCACCCCCGCGCCGCCCCCCAGAGCCGACAAGCCCGUCCUGCCUCCUGCUACCUCCGCCCCGGACAAGGAGCCCCCGGCCAAGCCGCCCCCCGAGGGGCUCCCCAAGCUCCCGAGCGCUCUGCCGAGGCCCCUGGAGAAGGAAGCCCUCCUGCCCGGCGCGGACUCUGCCGCGGCGCCGGCCGCGCUGCCCACCAGCCUGCCCGAGCUGCCCGGCUCGCUCGAGGCGCUGCCGCUGGUGCCGCCGGCCCCCCACCCCUUCCCGCUGCUGGAGCCCGGCCUUUUCGGCCCUUCGUCCUUGACUCGGUUCUCGGGGCCACCCCCGUCCUCGGUGCCGGGGCCGUUCCUGUCCUACGUGCCCCCCUCGCCCUACGCGUUGCCCCAGCCCCCGGCGCAGCAUCGUCUGCGGCCCUUCCUGCCGGGCCACGGCCCCGCCGUGUCCAACGCCGUCUGGAAGAAAAGCCAAGGUGUGAGUGUCAGCCCACUCCUCCCAUGCUUUGGCUCAGGAGUGACUCCAGGGCACUCCUCCAACAGCCGCAUCGUGUGGGAGCACACGCGGGGCCGCUACUCCUGCACCCAGUGCCCCUUCUCGGCCGCCUCCCGCGAGGAGAUGACCCUGCACAUCGAGGACCACCGCAAGAACCCCCCGCCCGGGCGCCUGGACGCCGAGAUGGAUUUCGGGGUGGGUCUCGCCUCCUUCCACGCCAAGCUGACGCCGGAGAUGGAGAACUCCCUGUACUCCCAGCUCUGAUGCCCCGGCUCCCACGGGACUGCUCCUGCUCCUGCUCCUCCCCGUGCCUCCCCCCGAGCCGGGCAGGGGGCACCGCCCAGCCCCUGCCACUGGGCUGGGACAGGGAUCCCUCCCUGGGCACCGGGAGCACCCCCAGCCCAGCCCGGGGUGCCAGAGGAAGGGGCGUUUCCUCUGGAAUUUUCUCCCCUCCCUUUUAUUUUCGGAAACUCUUAAGCCACCCGGACCCCCUCGUUCUCCCUCCCCCUAAAGGUUUCGUUGCUUCAGCCCCCGUGGCUCUGGGGGGAGCCCGGUAGGUUGCUCAGGAGUUAGUGGACUUCUCUGGAAUGAGACCUCGGAAUAAUAAAUGGGAAUUGUACAGGAGUGGCGGCCGGGAGAGGCUCUGUCGGUGCCUGUGGCGGCUGGGGGUGAUGGGGGAGUGGGGCCACCCCUAAGGAUGCCCCCCCAAAACUAAAGGAGGGGAGGAUGGGGGGAUACAGAGAGAUCUGUGUGUCACUCUGCUCUGGGCAGGUUUUGGGGAAGAGGAAGGCUCGAGGAAGGGGAAGGGGGUGCUUCCUUCCCCCUCUCAUCUGUCAGCACGUGGCAGACCAUGAAGGGCUCCUGAGAAGCAGAGCUGGAGCCUCUGCCGGCUGCAUCCCAGCACCCAAACUGGGCAUCCAAACUGGGCACCCCAGCCCCCCGCCAGCCUCGGUGCCUGUGCCAGUCCUGCCACAGGCAGAGGUGCCAGGAAAAGGGCAUGAACAACCUUUGGGGUGGAGCAGUGCCUCCGUGCCCGGCCCUGAGGGGGCUGCACCCCCCGUGGGAGCCCAGCGGCCCCACGUUCCCAGCCCGGGGCUCCCCAGGCCCCGCUUUGCCUGAUCCCAUCCCAGCAGGGUGAAAAGUUUGCUCCAAACUGGUUUGGGGAAGGCGUGCUGGGGCAAGCUGGGACGUGCUGGUGCCCA